AAGAUAUCUAUGGUUAACACCACGUAACCCUGGCCCUGGGUUGCUUGGCUUUAAAAAAGUCGGUGUUUUUUCGCCUGCAACCAAAUUCUGCCCGCCAAUCCGAAGGCGAUGCUGCGGGGGAGACUAAACCCACCCCAGACUCCUCAAAUUUGUGCGCGGAAAAUUGAAACAAAAAUACAAAAUGGAGAUUUUGUAUUAAAAAAUUUAAAAAGUUUACUUUCCAAUCUUUAAUUCAUUUUUCCUGGAACCUUAACGCAACAAAUAUACUCCACAUCUACAAAAGAAAACGUUGUUGAUGCAAAGACAACAUUUUUGCCGACGGCAAGUAAACCACAAACAAGCAAAUACCAAUUUUAUGUAUGAACUUUGUAGCGGUCGCUUGGUUACCGAGCACUUUAAACACUGUUUUUGAUGAUAUAUUGUUCAUGAUUUUAUAACUGCUCUGCGCGAAUGUAACAGCUGGAUUAAGAAUCUUGAAAGAUGAAUUCUUGGUUGCUUUAAUAUGGAGAAAUGCCAUGACAAAGGCUUUUAUAGACCACUUACUUGGCUUGAUUAUUCCUUGUUUCGUUUUAUUCUGAGAACAUGAAAGUGAAGUCAGUUAAUGAAUUGGCGAACAAUUCGUUUUGAUAUCAUAUUUUUAAGACAAGAACAGUUUUUAGCAAGUUUCAAAAUUUUAGCAGUUCGGAUCAUUUUAAUUAAUUGUAUAUAGAAUUUAAUCUCUGUAUUUUAUAUCAAUAUUGAUGUGCUGCUCUGAGUCGAAAGCAAACCGAAUCAAUGUUGAAUCUGCAAACGAUAACGUGGAAGUCCGCAAAGGACGGCAUCUGAGAAUUAUCUAUCGAAAUCCAGACGCAUUUCCUGGCUCGAACCAUGUUCUUGGAAACGCAAUUCAUUCUUCUGUAGUGCGUGUGAACUCUUGGUUGGGAAAUGGAAUUGAGAAUAAAGUUGCUGUAUCAACCGAGGAUCAUUCUUCAAAUGAAAGGACAAACAAAAUUGUGAUAUUUUUUAUCCAUGGGGUAGGGGGAUGUUCUGAUAUUUGGAACGAACAGAUGGAGUAUUUUUCAAAGUUGGGGUAUGUUGUGGUUGCCCCAGAUAUUCUAGGGCACGGAGGAAGUGCCGCACCAAGGGAUGAGUCUAGCUAUACAUUCUCUGAAUUGGCAUAUGAUAUGUUUGCUGUGUUUGAUCGGUAUCGAAGUGAGAAGAAGAAUAUUUUAGUUGGCCAUUCUUAUGGGUGAGUUUGUCUUUCUUCAUAUUUUUUGUAUAUAUUAUAGGUAAUAGUAUGAUGAUUGUGAUGUUACUCUGAGUAACAUCAGAGUAACAUCACAAUCAU